AUUCACUUGACCCAGCCUUGACAUCUUACAUCGUCAAGCGCGCCAUGCUCCGCAUCGUCAGCCUGGUCGUUUUGGGCCUCGCUGCUGCGGAAUGUGAGGAUUGUGACGACAUGCAGAUGCUCCAAAAGGAGAGGCGCCCCAGCAGCUUCUCUUCUUGGAAGUGGGCCGGCUUGGAUGCGCAACCUUCGCCAAGUAAGAAAGUUCCUGUGAAUUUGCAGAUCUUCGCGCACUACUCGGGCCACGCCUCCUAUACCAAGGGCCUUCUGUUGAAGGAUUCUACGGGGCUGGGUGACCGUCGCGGCAAUGCCUUGGAAUUGACAUCACGGGAUUGUAGGUGGCAUACCAAGAGUUUCGGCUCUUGGCGGGUUGUGGAGGGACCCAAGCUAAUGAUCCUGCGUGAUGAUCAUGGAGAUGAGAUGACCGCCCUCAACAUGACGACCUCGUCUGCUGAGGAGCAGAUCCAUGUGGAUCUUUUAAUGAAAAAAAUGGAUGGCUUCCAGAAGAUUGGAGCCCUCUACGCCAUUUGCAAGCCGCAACAACAUAUCAACAUGAAGAUCAGCAUGUUCUCGAAGGAGCUCGGCCUCCAUGUCCCUGACAGUGUGCAGCUUGGGCAAGUGCCAGCCAACCUGUUGGAGGGUGAGAACUGGAAGCAGCUGGGUGGCAGUUUCGAGGGCUCCAUUUAUUUGAAGACCGUUGAUGAAGAAGCAGCCUUUUUGAAGAGCUGCAGCCCGGAAGAGAAGGAUGAAGCCAGGGCAACGUGCGGAAAACACUUGGGUGAAGCCAAGGGCAACCGUCCCCGUCCAGAUGAGAUCCACUUAGGGCUGUUUGCCAAGAUCUUCGACGAUUGCGUUUUCGACAUCUGUGCUGGUGAAGGUGAAUCCGCUGCCCAGCUUGCAGCAGCCUACAUGAAAGGCGGCUUCUGAGCGAAGAUCGAAGCGGCCAUAAGCGGCCCCUGGCCGAGGCCUCCGAGGCGCAUAAGACGCAGUUCCCAGGAGCUCGGCAGUUAGGCUUAUGAUGGGCCAGCUUCCCCAAAAAAUGCUGCCCGUGUGGAAAUAACAUUGGAA